AUAUUAAACAAUUAAAUUUAUCCUAAUCAGAGCCAUAUCAGAGCUGAAGGACUAUCUAAUCGAGAAUCUACGCCUAAUUUACAAUUUGUCGACAAAAAUGAAAGUAGGGAAUGUUUCUAUUCUAAAAAGAUUUUUGUCAUUCCAAAAAAUAAAACCAAAAAUUUGUAUCGUAGGCGGUGGUCCAGCAGGUUUCUAUGCAGCACAACAUUUAGCAAAGAAAUUGGAGCAGUCUGAAUCUGAAAUAGAUAUUUACGAAAGGCUACCAGUACCUUUUGGUUUAGUAAGAUUUGGCGUCGCCCCAGAUCACCCAGAAGUAAAAAAUGUUAUCAACACAUUUUCUAAAACGGCGGAAAAUCCAUGUGUUAGAUUUUUAGGAAAUGUAAAUCUAGGCAGUGAUGUCUCAUUAGCUCACUUAAAAAAUGCUUACCACAUAGUUUUACUUACUUAUGGUGCAGAACAAGGUAGGAAAUUAGACAUUCCUGGUGAGAAUAAGAAAAAUGUUAUUGAGGCGAGAAAAAUUGUGGGAUGGUACAAUGGAAUUCCGUGGGAUUCUAACCUAGAAAUAGACCUUAGUGGAGAAACGGCUGCGAUUUUUGGGCAAGGAAAUGUUGCUAUAGAUGUUGCUAGGGUUUUAUUAACACCAGUCGAUCAGUUAAAGAAAACCGAUAUAACGCAACAUGCACUAGAAGUUAUAUCUCGUUCUAAAGUUAAAACUAUUCACCUGAUAGGACGAAGAGGUCCUUUGCAAGCAGCUUUCACGAUAAAAGAGCUUCGGGAGAUGUUAAAACUAGAAAACUGUAGGACGGAAUGGCAACCAAAAGACUUUGAAGGUAUUUCCGAUUGCGUUCCUAAAUUAGCUAGACCUAAAAAACGAAUCACAGAGCUCAUGAUAAAAUCUGUCUCUGAACAGAAGAAUUCCGCAUGUGAUGGUAACACCUUCAAACCAGUUUUUCAUCGAUCGCCUUUGGAAAUUCUAGGAAAAACCAAAGUUGAAGAAGUGAUUGUCGGCAUAAAUAAGCUGGAAGGCGAUGAUAUUUUAAACAAAAAGUCACUAUUAACAAAGGACAGAGAAACGAUAAAAUGUGAUUUAGCUAUACCCAGCAUAGGCUAUAAAUCAAUUCAGGCAGAUAAAGACAUACCAUUCAAUUUCGAUCGUGGAGUAGUCAAAAACACAAACGGCAAAAUCGAGACAGGGGUAUAUGUAUCGGGAUGGCUUGGUACGGGUCCUACGGGCGUGAUUCUUACGACUAUGAGCAAUGCGUUUGGCGUAGCGGACUUGAUACUUCACGAUGUACAAGCUGAAAAACUAAUUAAUGAAAACAAAGGGGGACAUGAAGAAAUUAUGGAAUUGUUACACAAAAACAAUGUACAAGUCGUAACGUGGAAAGACUGGCAGAAAAUAGAUAAGUACGAGGAAGAAGAGGGUCGGAAAGUUGGGAAACCAAGAGAGAAGAUAGUCAGUAUUGAAAAAAUGCUUCAAAUUGCCGCUACUUAACUGUUCUGGUAUUUAUAAAAUGACAAAUGUAUUUAAGACAACAUAUGUUAUCUUAUGUUUUCAUGUUGUAUUGUUAAAGAUAAAUUUCCUUUAUACAGGGCGUAACUUUGAGUGGGAUUCAUAUUUAUACAGAGGCCUCCUUUGACCAUUAGAAACACAUGUUUAUUUCUUCAGAUUCCGCCAAAAAACCACUGGAAAACCUAGUGUAACCUCAAAUAACGGCACACUUUAGUCGCAUCGCAUGUAUAAUUUCACACCAUUGGCCUACUUUUGUUGAGUGGGUGUUCGUCACACAAACAGUUUUUAACAAGUAAUCAAGUAAAAAACUCGCGUAGUAAUCAAUAAUGACAAAUAAAACACAUAAUAAAGUCUAUUGAUGGCUUCCAGCGAUGAAAAACAUUCAAAUUCACAGUUAGAUGUUGUGUCUCCAAAUGCGGAAUAACUGACGCCCUUCACUUCGUCACUGUUUACCAGCACUAUCUCCCUUAACAUGCAUUGUAGGUUGCCUACAAUUCAUGUAUUUGUAAUACAUGAUUACAGUGGUGGCGUACAAGUACUAAAGUGCAUUUUAAAAAACUAUAACUCAACUAUUUAUUUGAUUAAAGGGAACACGUACUAUUACCCCUAAAAAACUGACCCUCACUUAAAGUUAUACUCUGUAUUAUUUUAUAUUUGAUUUUAAGGUGCAAGGCAGGUUAUGUUUAUAAAUCAAUGUAAACAAAAGUUAUUUUUAUUAAAUAUUUUGCAGUAU